AUGGUGUUUGUCGCAUGGCAUCUUGCGGUUGCUAAAUAUCGGACUACUGGGGAUCCCAGCACAUUUGCAUUCAUGAUACAAAACUUCACUGUUAGUAUGACCAAUAUCAGGGCAGGCCGGAUAUGGACGCUCCUGACAUGUUGUUUCUCCCACAAAGACACGGCUCACUUGUUAUUCAAUGGCUUGACCUACUCUUUCAUGGCGCCCGACGUCAUGGCUUUGCUGGGCAACACCAGAUUCCUCUCUCUCUACCUUGGAGGUGGAUUAGUGUCUAGCGCCUUAAGCGUGUGGUGGAAUCACAGUGUGAAGAAGCGGGAUGAACCUUACGGCUCCCACGGUGCCAGUGGUGCAAUCUACGGCAUCAUAUCAUUCUUUGCAUGCUUGGCGCCCACCGCCAAGUUCUACGUCUUUGCCGUUGUGCCAAUACCCGCAUGGGCCUUCGUCACAGGCAUCUUCUUGUGGGAUGGCUUCAGUGCCGUAUAUGAGAAGCGAUCGGGAGUUGACACUGCAGGCCACAUUGGGGGAAUACUUGCAGGCAUUGCAUAUUACCUGCGCUUGCGGUACCGCUUAUUCUGA